UUUAAUUUAGUAAAGAAAAAAGAGAAGAAUCCCGCUAGUUGUGCAGAAAGGCCUCCCCCUUUCGUGGUCGGGUUUAUUUGUCGUCGGAAGCAAGCCGCCGAGGAAAGUUGGGGUGGUUUACAGCGCUCGAAACUUAAGGGUUUCAGCAACCAAGACCCACUCUUAGCACACCCCUAACUCAUUCCUUUCUUCACCAACAUUCAUUUUAAUGCCCUGUUGGUUUCUUCAGUCUCUACCUAACUACCAUGUUAUCUCUGUAGCCUACACUUGAAAUGGUGGCCAUACUCAGCUGAUUACCCUAACCCUACCAAGAGCCAGAAUGCGUUUUCUUCAUAACAAUCACUGUCUCUAUACCCCCUUUUCCAAACUCUCUUCCUUUUCCUCACCAUCUUGUCUAAUGGGUUCCUUUCCUUUAUGCAAAUCAACUUCUCUGGUUUUCCUGUCACACCUUUCUUCUUCUUCUUCUUCUUCUUCGCAGAAGUAUUUCCUGUACAGAAGCAUUUCUCUUCUCCAUGGUUCAUUUCCUGUACGACCCAUGUCCCUUGUGAAACCCUUUGCCAUGAAACCAAAUGGGGUUUCUUCUUUUACUUCUCAUGCCAAUGUUCCCAGACCUCCAGCCCUUUUGGAGAAUCCACCAGACAAGGCUUCAAGCUCCACUCGAUUGAAUAUUCUGAGAAAAAAAUUGCAGGAUCUUGACAUUGACAUCGAAGCUUGUGUUCCCGGGCAGUUUUACAGUUUGCUUUGUCCAAUGUGCAAAGGUGGUGAUUCAGAGGAACGAUCCUUCUCCCUAAAUAUCUCAGAAGAUGGGGGGGCUGCUGUUUGGAAUUGUUUUCGUGGAAAAUGUGGUUGGAAAGGCCAUACUCUGGCCUUUGCUGAUGGUCGGUCAUCAUAUAAACAUUUAGGACAAGUUGCACUUAAGCAGAACAUACGGAAAAUUACAGUGGAGAGUCUACAACUUGAACCACUGUGCGAUCAGCUGGUUGAUUAUUUCGCGGAGCGAUUGAUAUCCAAGCAAACAUUGUUAAGAAAUUCAGUUAUGCAGAAAAGAUCCGAUAAUCAGAUUGCUGUGGCAUUUACGUAUUAUCGAGGUGGAGCGCUAAUUAGUUGCAAGUAUCGUGAUGCCAACAAAAAGUUCUGGCAGGAGCCCAAUACUGAGAGAAUAUUUUAUGGAAUCGAUGACAUAGAUGGCGCAAGUGAUAUCAUCAUAGUUGAAGGGGAGAUGGACAAGCUCUCAAUGGCAGAAGCUGGUAUCCAUAAUUGUGUGAGUGUUCCUGAUGGUGCACCAGCAUCAGUUUCCGAAAAGGACGUACCUCCUGCAGACAAGGAUAAGAAGUUUCAGUUUCUAUGGAACUGCAAAGACUACUUGAAUAAGGCCUCACGCAUUAUACUUGCUACUGAUGGGGAUACUCCUGGUCAAGCUUUAGCAGAGGAAAUUGCACGCCGUGUUGGGAGGGAAAGAUGUUGGAGGGUCAAAUGGCCAAAAAAGAAUGAGGUCGAUCAUUUCAAAGAUGCAAACGAGGUUUUGAUGUACUUGGGCCCUGAGGCCCUGAAGGAAGUUGUUGACAACGCAGAGUUGUAUCCUAUAAGUGGAUUAUUUCGCUUCAAAGAUUACUUCCACGAGAUUGAUGCAUAUUAUCACAAAAAAUUUGGAAAUGAGUUUGGUGUGCCGACUGGAUGGAGGUGUCUCAAUGAUUUGUACAAUGUUGUCCCAGGGGAGCUUACCAUUGUUACUGGUGUUCCUAAUUCAGGCAAAAGUGAGUGGAUUGAUGCUCUGCUAUGCAAUCUUAAUGCAAGUGCUGGUUGGAAAUUUGCUCUCUGCUCUAUGGAAAAUAAGGUUCGAGAACAUGGUAGAAAACUAUUGGAGAAGCACAUCAAGAAGCCUUUCUUUGUUGGACGUUAUGGUGGCUCUGUUGAACGAUUGAGUGAUGAGGAGUUGGAGCAAGGAAAGCAAUGGUUAGACGAUACAUUUUUUCUUUUAAGGUCUGAAAAGGAUUCCCUCCCAAGUAUUAGUUGGGUCUUGGAUCUUGCAAAAGCAGCAGUUUUAAGGCAUGGAGUUUCUGGACUGGUAAUUGAUCCUUAUAAUGAGCUUGACCAUCAACGGCUUCCAAAUCAAACUGAAACAGAGUAUGUGAGCCAGAUGCUUACUAAGGUCAAACGGUUUGCUCAACAUCAUGGUUGCCAUGUUUGGUUUGUUGCACAUCCUAGGCAGUUGCAGAACUGGUCUGGAAGUCCACCUAAUAUGUAUGAUAUAAGUGGAAGUGCACACUUCAUAAACAAAUGUGAUAAUGGAAUUGUUAUUCAUCGUAAUAGGGAUCCUGAAAGUGGUCCUAUUGAUCUCGUACAGGUAUGUGUACGGAAAGUGAGAAAUAAGGUUGCAGGAACAAUUGGAGAAGCUUAUUUGGAAUAUAAUAGGGUAACCGGAGAAUUCUUGGAUGCUGCUGGAGAUGUGAAACUUAAGAAACCAUCUUCUUGAAAGGAGGUAUGGUGUGGAAGGCCUUCACAAGUAUUGUUUAAGGUCAUUCAUCCACUUGCAAUACUGUGAAUUGUCGAUCAUUGCCAACCGCUAAUUCAUACGUACAAUUCAUAUAUAUUUAGCAAUGUCAUUUUGUUUUGGGUGAUCCAUAGGAUGCAAGAGGAAAUUAUUAAGUUGAUGGCUGCAUGUAGUGUUAUAUUAGGAAAUUUUGAUACAACAUUACUGAAACAAUAGGUUACACUAGAACACUAUCUUGGCCCCAUUCUAUGUAAGUUUCUGUUCUAAACUUGUAUAAAGCGAUUUGAGAUCUUAAAGCAAAAUGAUAAAGAAAUUUUUGUUCGAACGAAUGGAGGACUAAAACAAACCAGAGUUAUUUUGAUAAUUUAUCAAAUUAUUUUGAUAUGAAA